CAUGACUGAGCUGCACGAUACAUCGCCGCUCUUACUUGCGCCCUUCUUGCUGCGACAAGAACACGCUGCAGAAAGACACAUGGCACGGCUAUCCGCACGACACGCAAUCGUGCUGCCUUUCUAUUCUAUAGCUCAUUCUUAAGGCCCCUCGUCCGUCGUCUUGCACAAGCUUGUUCCCGUCCCUCCACCAUACAACAAAGCCAGCAGGCUGCCUUUCAGACUCCCCCACACCGCCCCUCGGCGCACUAUGGCCACGACCUUGAGCGCCGACAUGGAAUCUUUCCACGCACACCUUUUGUCCUCGAAACGUAUCCUCGCUCUCCUAGGUGCGGGGCUGUCCGCUUCCUCUGGGCUGCCUACGUUUCGCGGUGCCGGAGGCCUGUGGCGAACACAUGAUGCCAUGGACCUUGCUACACCAGAGGCUUUCGAUGCGGAUCCUGGGCUGGUGUGGCAGUUCUAUUCGUACAGAAGGCACCAGGCGUUGAAAGCGAAACCAAACAGGGCGCACUACGCAUUGGCGGAGCUUGCAAAGAAGAGGGGUGCGGAAGGAUUCACAUGUUUGAGCCAGAAUGUAGAUGGGCUGUCGCAAAGAGCGGGACACCCGCGCAAUUCGCUACAGCUAUUACAUGGCAGCCUGUUCGAUAUCAAAUGCACGGAUUUUUACUGCAAGUAUACAGAGCAGGACAACUUCGUCGACCCCAUUGUGCCCUCUCUGGCAAUUCCAACAACAAAAUCCGGCAAGGAAAUAGAUCCCACCACGAAUGAAGCGCGUCACACCAAUGGUACUUCCUCUGGUACCAGUGCAGUCGUGACAGAAGGCGAAGAACUCGACAUCGCCGAUGAGAAGGUGGCGAUUCCUAAGCUCACGUUGAAAGAUCUACCACACUGUCCACAAUGCGAGAAAGGUCUGCUGCGACCUGGGGUUGUAUGGUUCGGCGAAAUGCUGCCCGAAAAGACGAUCCGCGCUGUGGAUGAGUGGAUCACGAAGGCAGACAAAAUCGAUAUGAUUAUGGUCAUUGGUACAAGCGCAAGGGUUUACCCGGCGGCCGGUUACGUCCAACGUGCGAGGGGAAAAGGAGCACGCGUUGCGGUCGUGAACACAGACGUGAACGACGCACCCGAAAGCGGAAUGAUGAAGGGAGACUGGUUCUUUGUGGGAGACGCAAGUGUCCUCGUGCCUGAGAUGCUGAAGCCAGUCGUGGGCGAAAUCUCGACCGAGAGGCUCUAAGGAACGCGAAUGUCUGGAAAGUCGAAUUCGUCCAAGAGCGUGUGGCAAAUUUGAACUUGGCAUGGUGUUGGGCGUAUUGGAUGUAGCAAUCUUUUGCUGCAAAGUAAUGGGUCUAUGCGGACAUACGGGGUGACGAAUUCAAAAUACACAAAUAGAGUUACCACAGUGAGACGACAUUGCGCGCUCAACGAGCACAUCGUCCUUGAUUUUCCAUCCUCAUGAUGGCAAAUAUCCCCUUCACAGAAAAUACAGAAGCGGUUUGAUCAUGCGACAGCAAGAAAAUUGUGAACAUGCUCUCGAUCGCAUUCCGACUGGGCAGGCUCCCUACUGCAACCUUUCUGCGGUAUUCUGCUCAUGGUCGCACGAAGAAAGCCGAACUCCAACCACGCUAUCUUCUCGAAUAGUGCUCCUUAGUGGAACAAAUGGGCGCAUUCAGAUUCCAUAUAGAUCCG